AUGACGGACUCACACCUUCCUGAAGACUUUCGCUGGGGUUUCGCGACAGCAUGCUAUCAGAUCGAGGGUUCACCUAAAGCAGAUGGAAAGGGCGAAAGCAUAUGGGAUGUCUUCACACACACCCCUGGAAAAGUCUGGGACGGCACCACAGGCGAUGUUGCGUGUGAUUCAUAUAACCGCACCGCAGAAGACAUCGAGUUGCUGAAGUCGACCGGCGCGAACACGUACCGCUUCUCGCUUUCAUGGACUCGCAUCAUCCCUCUCGGUGGACGUAACGACCCUGUAAACGAAAAAGGCAUCCAGCACUACGUCAAGUUUGUUGACGACCUACACGCGGCAGGCAUCAACCCGAUGGUCACACUUCUACACUGGGACCUGCCUGACGGCUUAUACAAGCGCUAUGGCGGUUACCUAAACAAGGAAGAGUUCGCGAAAGAUUUCGAGAAUUACGCGCGAGUCGUCUUCAAGGCCUUCGGUUCGAAAGUGAAGUAUUGGAUCACUUUCAAUGAACCCUGGUGCAGCUCUAUUCUCGGGUUCAACGUCGCCAGCCACGCUCCGGGACACACUAGUGACAGGAGCAAGAGCGAAAUUGGGGACAGCAGUAGAGAACCUUGGAUCGUAGGACACUCGUUACUGAUUGCGCAUGGUACUGCGGUGAAACUGUACCGUGAUGAAUUCAAAGAAAAGGACGGUGGCAUCAUUGCAAUAACCCUGAAUGGCGACUAUGCGGAACCGUGGGAUGCGAACGAUCCGCUUGAUAUUGAAGCAGCUAACCGCAAGCUGGAGUUCACGUAUGGAUGGUUCGCCGACCCAGUGUACCACGGCAGAUAUCCAGAGUCGAUGCGCAAGCAGUUGGGGGACAGAUUGCCAGAGUUUACGACCGAAGAGAUUGCGUUGGUGAAAGGUAGCAACGACUUCUUCGGCAUCAACUCAUAUGGCGAUAAUUAUAUCAAGCAUAGGGAGGGUGAGCCUGCUCCAGACGACUUUUACGGAAAUCUAGAUGUUCUGGACCAGAAUAAAGCUGGCGAGUGGAUUGGUCCCGAGACGGAGUCAGUCUGGCUAAGGCCGAAUCCUCGCGGCUUUAGAAGUCUGCUGAACUGGCUGAACAAGAGGUACGGCGGACCAACGUUUUACGUGACAGAGAAUGGCACAAGUUUGAAGGGAGAGAAUGAUAAGCCUCGAGAGGAGAUUCUCAACGACGAGUUCCGUUGUUGGUUCUUCCGAGGAUACAUUGGAGCGCUCGCAGACGCAUACACAAAUGAUGGCAUAGAUAUUCGAGGCUACACUGGAUGGAGUCUCCUGGAUAAUUUUGAAUGGCACGAAGGCUACCGAACGCGCUUCGGCGUCACGUACGUCGAUUACGAGGGUGGCCAGAAGCGGUACCCAAAGAAGAGUGCGCACGAAUUAGGCCAGAUCUUUGGAAAAUACAUCAAGAAGGACUAG